UUACAGAUGGCAGUAAGAAAAUAAAGAGCUGCCAACUACAUAUCGGUUUCGCGUGGCCACUAUCUCGAACAUCAACAAAUCUCCUAGACCUCGUGAAAGGGCAUUGUCGAGAUAGUUGGCGCCAAGGAUGGCUGACGAGCAGCAGCGACUUGCAGCCAUGAUGGCUGCUCAGGGAGGAAAGGGCGCACCGUCGCAAGAGGAACUUGAAGCUCAGGAGGAAGCAAAACGGUCAGCUGAGGAGCAACGCCGUACUAUGCUGGCAGCUUGCAUGACGAGUGAAGCUCGCGAGAGAUUGGCACGCAUCGCAAUUGUGAAGCCGGACAAGGCGAGGAGCGUUGAAAACAUGAUCCUCGCAGCUGCGCAACGAGGCGCUUUGACUGCCAAGGUUUCGGAGGAGCGGCUGGUGCAGCUGCUGGAGCAGGUCAAUGAGCGGGAAGGCGCCAGUAAACCAAAAAUCACGAUACAACGGCGGCGGCCCAACCUGUUCGACGAUGAUUGAGGCCUAUUCGUCUUACCAAAUAAUGCGGAGGUCUGGUCUUGGAUGCAGAUGCACGGCUGAGCGGUCAUGUUGGUAUUUGUGUUGCAGGGUUGGAUACCAUCACUUGUGGGCUUGUUGCGCACAGGUUGCGGAAAGCCGUGCCAUGGAGGGUCCUUAUCACAACGCUAGCUUUAGGCCUUAUAUCCGAGGAAGGACCAUAUCCGCGAUAAAGUAGUAACAUGCAUAGCACACCCGUAUCUUGAGGGCUACCUACCUAGCCACCAAUGGUUUCAGACUUUCAGGCUGUCCCUGCUGUCUCACUUCAAUCGAUUGGUGGGAGGACAUGCAUGCUUGUAACCGCUUGCAGCCCA